AUGUCGAGUUUAGCUUCACAGUUAAAGACGCUAAGCGAGAAAAGCUCUUCGAUAGCUUUGAAUAGGCAACAGAGGUCAAAGAUCCAUUCUCGUUCAUUAAUUUUUGAUCCAAAAGUUGCAUCUACACAAGAUUAUGAAUACAUCUAUGAAAUUUCGCUUCAAGGAUUGCAAGAGUUGUGUGAGUUGGACUCUAGAUUCAACAAGUUUAAAGCAUCGCUUUUUUCCCAAAAUUCGGUAAAUUUCGACAGGAAUGUGCAAACUCAAGAUGCGAUUACCCAUCUUGAUCAGAAUAUCGCUGCUUUCUUCACCUUACUUGGGCCAUUUUAUUCCUUCACGUCGGCUUUGAAAGCAGCAGAAUGGUUGGUGAGAAGGUUCCAAGCAAAUAUACACAAUUCUGAGCAUAUCAUACUUACGGCUUUACCAUAUUAUCAACAUCUGGUGUUUAUCAAAAUUUUGAAUGUAAUUCCCAAGCAGAAUUUCCCCCCCAUUUUUGAAUGGCUAGUUACUUUUAAAGAUUUGCUAAAAUGCCCAACAUCGCAAACCAUAUUCAGAGCAUUUUAUAAUGACAAUUUAUUGUACAGUUUUUACUCUCUGUUCUUGGACGAACAGGUGAGAAAUCAAACCAUUUAUAAAAAUCAAUUGGUAUUCUAUUUAUCAAUCACGGUUCAAUUGAUUGCAGCACGCGCAAAAGACAAUGCAAUCUUAAAUGAAACAUUGAUCCCAGUGGUGUUAAAGACAGUGGAUACCAUAUUAUUGUCAUCAUACACAGGACGCUCUUGCUCAAAGUCCGAGUUGAUUUUAAGUGCUUACUCACUGCUAGCAGUUCUUUCUUCUGUCGCACCGUUGAGUUUUGAGGUUUUGAACACAAUAACCACGUCAAUCCUUGACGAUGUUGACACACUGAAACCAUCACUACUCAAACAAACAGUCACUGUUUUGGUUCAACUUUGGGGAUCAAACUCAAGUGCUUUUGAAACAGCACCAAGCUUGCAAAGAUUAAAACCAAACAAGGAAAUGCUCGAGGUUAUUAAACAAUUGCAAUUUCCCUCUUUUAAAAAGGACAGAUUUUUGGCAUCUUAUUUUGGCAACGUUUUCCCAUGUGAGCAAUCUCAGGAGUUGUUAGCAUUGACAAACGUGAAAGACAAUGCCAGUUUGUUGAAGUUUAUCUCACAACUUGUAAAUGAUUUUAUAUUGGAUCGAGAUAUUACUGAAAACAGAGAUAUAGUGGUUGGAAUUGUGAAAACGUUGAUAAAUGCAAAUGAAAAAGUAUUUCAAGAGAUCCUCUUUUCCAGAGGAGUAAAGAUUAGUGAUUUGGAGUUGAAACUUCAGUGCACAUUAAGUCAAAAGGACAAUGAUAGCGAUAACUAUAAUGAGAGCAACUUUGGUGCUGUUGAGGAUAUUAGCACAGAAGCGCCCAUUGAAGAAAAAGUUGAAAAAUUUGACUUUAACGGGAUUAGUGCAGUUGCUCCAACUUACUUUGAGUCAAAGAACGAUUUGGAAUUUAAUCAGUUGUCCUCUGUACUUUGUCAAAUAUGCUCAUCUGCCAGCGUCUCUUCACAAAGGCCUACAAUACAACUUUUUGUCCAUAAGGUGUUCCAGAGCUCAGCAGCGGGAAUGAGCUUCAUGAUUAGGGUAAUUUUCACUCAAUCUAUACCACUCGUCAUACGACUCACCACUCUUAGAGUGAUAUCGAUUAAACUAAAGGAGUUAGAUGACGGUAGGACCGAUUUUUACUUGUUACUUCCACUUCUUUUGAUGGGGCUUAGUGAUGAAUUGAAAUCCGUUAGGAGUGGUAUAUCCAAUGUUAUCCGCGUUAUUAGUGGUAUUACAACUAAACUUCACAAAAACAAGAAAACAAAAACCACUCUAUUCGGAGAAACAGAAAUUUAUGGAACAAUUGUUGAUAAAAAGAUACUCCUUCCACAAGAUGCAAUGAGAUUGAUGGAAUUUUUGGAGAAUGGCUCUUUCUUUGAUGAUGUCAUUUUUGAGAAAAGUAAAGUGACUCAAAUGUUCAGAUCUAUAUUCGAAGUAAAAGUGAACAAGAAGAAUUUUGGAGAAUUGUACGAAAUGUUUAUUUUGAACCAAUGUUCCCUCACAUUUUUGCCAGUUGUUUUCAAAUCAAAAAUAUGGGCAGUUUGCGCCAGCUUGAACAAGAACGGAGGAAAUGAAAGAAGCUAUUUUUGGGGCGAUGGUGGCGACGUUGAAAACUAUUUCAAGAAAAGAGCAGAUUGGAUUUCACAAGCAAACGAUUGUAAAAUUGACAAUUUCGAGCUUGUUGAAACAUCUCUUGUUGGCCUUGUAGGAGGAGGAAGAAAGUGCACUUCAGAACAAUCAUUAAAAGAAGCGACUUGGUUGUGUCAAGGCUUGGAGUCCAGCAGUGGAUUACAGGUGAUAAGCAACGAUCGGAUUUUACAAGUUUUUGAGUUUCUCAAGACUACAGAGGCAAAAUUAACAAUUGUUAAUAAAUUGCUCGAAAUGAUGGUAAACGAUGAAUUUGAAGGAUUUGAUCCAAUGAUGACGUUGCAACUGCUUCGCAUACCCUUUGAGGUGUUUUUGCAAGCUCUUGAAAAUGUGCAAAUUGGCGAUCAAAUGCCGGAGCAGGGACUUGUUAAACGGAGAAGACGCUCUUCAAACUCAACUAGACAAGCAAUGGCAAAAACAGACGUCAACCUUUUAGCUGCACUUCAUAUUAAAAAACUAUCUUUAUUAUUGGAAGUAUUGGAGAUACACUUGCGUACCGAGCCAAGUGUUGCACAUCCAAGGUUAUUAAAAGUGUUAUUUAAAAUAUUAGCAGAUUUGGAUUCUUUAGGUAAUGAUGGGAAUUUGCCCGUUUUGUACACCCAGGAGCUUUUAGCUACUUGUAUGCUUUUGAAUAUCACAAGCAUGAAGAAAAACGAGGGUGGCUUUAAGUUUGAUUCUAAUUCUGUUAGAGCAGACUUGAUUGUAAACUCUAUUAGAAGCUCGAGCUCACCUCAAGUUCAGAACAGAUUGCUAUUGGUUAUAUCUGAGUUGGCGGCUUUUGCUCCCGAAAUAAUAUUACAUUCAGUUAUGCCUAUUUUCACAUUUAUGGGUGCCCACACAAUUAGACAAGACGACGAGUUUUCCAACGAUGCAUUACAAAAGACGGUUGCCAAGGUUAUUCCUGCUUUGGCGUUGAACAGCUCCGGGUCAAUUAAUUCGGAAAUUGAAUUUUUAUUGACUAGUUUCACCGCUGCGUUUCAGCAUAUACCUAGUCAUCGGAGGGCUAAGCUUUUUGUAGCUUUAACACAAACGUUAAAGCCAUCUGAAUCAAUGCAUCUUGUUAUAUAUUUAUUGGGUCAGCAGUAUUCUCAAGCCAGUAUUAUCCGGAAAAGAGUAACCGAGGCUGAUGACAUAGUGGCUUUUAUGGAACUUUAUUUAAAAACCUUCUCAGCAGAUGAUCAAUUGGAAGGAUUCGCUAAGUUUUGUGAUCUUCUCAAGGUUUUCCCCGAUCAUCAAUUAGAACCAAAUUCAAAGGAGUUCGAUGCAUUGAGAUCAAGACCCAUCUUUGGUAGCUCGGUAAUUAGUCUCACCAAUGAGGAAUUGAUUAGAACGAGAUUGUCAUUGCUUAAAUAUUUUAAUGCAAUUAUACGUGCUGACUCUUCCAAAUAUGAUAUACUAUCACUCAAGAGCAAGAUUGCCAUGGUUUUAGAGGAGGAGAAGGAAAAGGAAGAAGAAAACGAGGAGACAAAGUCGUCAAGCAAAGAUUUGAUAUUAGGUAGAGUUAGGCACAUGACAAGUUUUACCUUGGCAGAGUUGGACACCUUUUCGACAGUUCAUCAGAACUAUGCAAUAUGUCAAGAAUUGUUUACUCUCUUGAGCAAUUUGUUAAACUUGUUACCAAUAUUGGAUUUUGUGAAGUCAAUUGUCAAUUAUUUAGAUGUGGAUGAGUUGCGUGAUAAUACCUCAAUCAAAGUAGCCAAAAAUUAUGCCAUUUUGUCUGCCAGAAAGUUUGAAAAUGAGAUUAGUUUUAAGAAAGGUUUUGGUGUCAUUGUUGAAGAUUUGUUAAAGGUAUUGUUGAAAGGUAUAAGCAAGAAUAUUGAUCCAGAAUUACAGCAGGCUUAUUUGAAUGCAUUUGCUAUUAUCGUGCUUAAGAUUGACAGCAGCGCUGCCCAAGAUACCGGGUUUAUAACUGCUAGCUUGUCUUCUUUCUUGAUCGAGGCGCUUGGAGUGAUAACAUCUCAAUGUGGUUUAUUGAGCAAUCAAACUGAAAUUAUUAUUGCUUCAAUUAGCAGCAUAAUCAGUGUUGUCAAAGUACUUGGAAUAAAAACUUUGGGAUUGUUUCCUAAAAUAAUCACUCCUACGUUAAAGAUCUGGGAGUCAACGAUAGAAUCCCAACAAGAUGAAGAAGGUUCAAAACUUAUUCAAGAAGCGGUAUUGUUACUCCUUUCGUGUUACAUCAAAAAGAUGCCUUCUUUUAUGGUUACUAGUUUGGACUCCUUGUUGCUUACCGCUUUGAAUAGUAAUCUUGUUGAAAACCACGUGAAAUCAUCAUUUUUGAAUUUGAUAAUCGAACGCAUGAAAAUUGGCCAAACCAUGAAAUCAUUGUGUAACAUUUGGAUGAACAAAGGCUUUUAUCAGAACAAUAAUCCAGCCAGUAUUGGUCUUUUCUUGAAUACUAUGCAAUCUGCAAUUGACAAGUUGGAGAAGAGUGAGGCGAUCCUGCAAGCUUCUCAAUUUACAAAGUGGCUAAUUAACGCUUUUGAAUUUAGAGAGUAUUGCCAGGACAACAACAACAACAACAAAUUUGACCAGAAUACAAUCCAUAGGAUUGAGAGCUCGUUUCAUAGUUGCGCUAUUGCUUACGUUAUGAAGCUUAACGAUAAGAGCUUCCGGCCAUUAUUUGCCAGUAUGGUUCGUUGGGCUAGUACAGGUGAAGGUGGAACAAUGGAGAUCAACUAUACAUCGCGUUUGUUAUCUUUUUACCGGUUUUUCAAUAAGCUUCAAGAGCUGUUAAAGAGUAUUGUAACUUCAUAUUAUUCCUAUUUGAUUGAUACUACAUCAUCGAGUCUUGAACAAUUUGCAAAGGGGCAACUCAAGGAUACUACAUUGCGAAGAAUCAUUUUGAUUUCCUUAUCAUUAUCCUUCAAUUUUGACCAAGAUGAAUAUUGGGCCCAGCAAGGGAAGUUCGAAAGUAUUUGCCAACCAUUGCUAGACCAAUUGCAAAACAUUGAAGAUCCAAUUGGUAAGUUCUUAGUCAAGGCCAUUUCUUCGCUUGUUUCCGAUGUUUCUUCAAAUGAAUAUAACGAGAUUGUUUUGAAAGGAUUGAUAAAGUUCAUCUCGUAUGAUAAUGAGAAUCUGAAGGAUACAAAGUUGUGGACAAUUCGAGUAUUGAAGAACAUAUACCAAAAAUUGGGAGAGAGGUGGUUGCCGUACUUGCCCACUUUGGUACCACACGUUUCGGAGUUAUUAGAGGAUGAUGACGAGGCGGUAGAGUUGGAAGUGAGAGAGGGUCUAGUAAGGGUUAUAGAGAAGGUAUUGGGAGAGCCAUUAGACAGAUACUUGAAUUAA